AAACGAUUCCGUAAUAAAAAUUGCCGGCAUUUACGAAUAAAAAAUAAUUAAAAUGCCUGCGAAAUACAAGAUUGUUAUGAUUCGCCAUGGCGAAAGUGAAUGGAACCAGAAGAAUUUAUUCUGUGGUUGGUACGACGCCGAUCUCAGCGACAAAGGUCGUGAGGAAGCUGUGGCUGCCGGCAAAGCGUUAAAAGCUGAAGGAUACGAAUUUGACAUCGCCCACACAUCAGUUUUGAAGCGAGCUCAAGUCACACUAAACAGUAUUCUGACGGAGUUGGGUCAAACCAACAUACCAAUUGAGAAGACUUGGCGUUUAAACGAGAGGCACUACGGUGGUCUAACUGGCUUGAACAAGGCCGAGACUGCAGCCAAAUAUGGAGAAGCUCAGGUGCAAAUCUGGCGCCGCAGUUUUGAUGUACCUCCCCCAGCAAUGGAGAAAGACCAUCCUUAUUAUGAGACUAUCGUAAAGGACCCUCGUUAUGCCAACGACCCCAAACCUGAAGAAUUUCCCAUGUUCGAAAGUUUGAAGCUCACCAUCGAGAGGACUCUGCCUUAUUGGAAUGAUGUUAUUGUGCCACAGAUCAAAGAGGGCAAGAGGAUAAUCAUCGCCGCUCACGGGAACAGUCUCAGGGGCAUUGUCAAGCAUUUGGAUGAUCUCAGUGAGGCCGCAAUUAUGGGACUGAACCUUCCCACUGGUAUCCCAUUUGUGUACGAGUUGGACGAAAACAUGAAACCAGUAGACUCCAUGGUAUUCCUUGGCGAUGAGGAGACCGUGAAAAAGGCCAUGGAGGCAGUAGCUGCUCAGGGCAAAGCUAAGUAGACUAAUAAGUAUUCUACAUUGUUACAAUGUAUAAGUUAAUAUUAUAUUAUAAAUUAAAAUAUUUCUUUUGCAAUAUUUAUUUUGUUGAAUAUCAUGGCUCAGUUGGAAGAGCGGUAGCCCUGGUUUGGCAAAUAGUCGCUGGCUCGAGGCCAGCCGGAUCGAAGGAAUUUUUCUUUGUUUAUUCGAUCUUUGCAUCAAUAAUAUGGAUACUUCUUUUGCAUUACAAGGUAUAACAUGUAGUGAAAAGAGACAAAACACGAAUAAUUAAACAUAAGUAAAUUGGUCACAGA